AUGAACCAUAUUAUAGGUUCUUCGAAUCCACCAAAUUUAUGUUCUUCGAAUGGGCCACCAAAUAUGUGUUCUUGGAAUCCACCAAAUUCAUGUUCUUCGAAUGCACCAAAUUCAUGUUCUUCAAAUGGACCUUUUGUAUGUUCUUCGAAUCCACUAAUUGUGUGUCAUAGUGUAGAAACUAUGUGUGUUGAAGGGUUUAGAGAUGGAGUCGAAGCUAGCAUGAGGGAAGCCCUCGCUUUGUUAAUCGAAGCAAGCAUGAAAGAAGCCACUGCCCAGUGGAUCGAAGCAAGCAUGAAGGAAGCCACUUCUUUGUUAACCGAAGCAAGCAUGAAAGAAGCCACUGCUCAGUGGAUCGAAGCAAACAUGAAGGAAGCCACUGCUUUGUGA